AUGAUAGUCCUUUCUAAUAGCCUAUUGCUUAUUGGCAUCGUUUAUAGUCCUUACACAAAUACAGAACUCCCCUCGAAUAUUAUUGCUUUGUUGGAAAAUAGUUUUCAAGGUCAGUUUGAAUUUUACCUAACCUGUGUUGAGACUUUUGAAGAUGUUCUAUUGGCUACAAACACCGCAGAUAUAAUUUUUGAUCUAACCUUUAGCACUUCACUUUUAGAAUCCAUCAAAAAGCUCGCUGAAGAGAAGCAUUUUAUAAUCGCUUCAAUCAAUAAAUCAUCUGGCACUUUCUCAAAUUGAGAAUUUUUUAUCCACGACUCAUGAGAAAAUCAUCUUAAGGCUUUAUCAAGCAUUAUUUCUUAUUUUAAUUGAGAAACUUUUAUUGUGGUUUCUGAUGAACGGCAUGACGAAAAUGAUGGUUUUGAUACAUAUUUUUCUGAUAAAAAUUAUCAGUGAUUCUUUUUUGCUAAUAAUAAGAUUAAAAAAUCAUCGGACUUAUUUAUAGGAAAAGCAAUUCAAGCCAGUGGAAUAAAAAAUCUUGUGCUAUUAAAUAGAGGGGAAAGCACUAAAUUACUAUUACAAAGUUUAGUAGAGCAAAGUUUACUUUCUCUUGGAACUGGAGUUAUUGUUGGAAGCGAAGGUGCGUGAGGUUUAUAUGGAAACGGGGUUAUUGCUUAUGUAGAAUCAGGAUUAGAAAGUGCUGACAGUUAUUACUCUUAUGAAGGUCUAGCAUUCAUAAAAUUCCUGAAUCUAAUGAUAAACUUUUCUUCAAAGCCUGACCCUUUUGACUUACUCGAAUUUUUAAAUUCAAAAACAGUCAAUCACUAUCCUAUCUCCAAUUUUAUGCUUCUUAUUCCCCCUCUGCAGCGAACCAAAAAUUCUUGUUCGUUUACAGAGGGGUUAAUUUUUAACAAAAUUUAUACAAAUAUUUUAUAAAUUUUUUUUUUCGAAAUUUUAAAAUAAUCUUAAUUCUAAAAAUUGGAAAUCAAAUAUUAUUAUUUUGUUUGUAAAAUUUAUGUUGUAAAAACACAAUUUGUUCAAAAUUAAAUAGAAUUAGCUAUAGACUUCAUUAUACUAUUUAUCACUUAUAUAUCAAAUUGUUCGCUCGCGGAAAAAGUUUUUCUAUAAAAAAUAAAAUUCUUCGAAUGGUUUUGUUCGCUCACGGAAGGGGGAGUUAAUACGGUAAAUAACAUAAAUGCUGCAGUCGGAAAUAUUUUUAAUGGAAAUUUGACUAUACUUAAUUCUCUUACCUUUCCAGGAAAUUCUCCAAAUAUUCCGAACUCUCCAACGACUGCAGUCAAUAUAUGAAUGGCAAGUGGAAACACAAAUUGGAUGUCAUCUCCUGAUGUUGUAGUGCAUGAACUAGCAAUUGCGGAAACGUUUGCCCUGAACUAUUGGAAAAGUACACAUGCUUUAGAAGGCUUUGAAAUAACAGUAACUAACACUGAUUGUGGGGCAUCUGAGUACAAUGCUACCUAUGGGUAUUUCUGCUUUUAUAAUUUACUUGCUACUCCUGGCGUUGGCUAUUUAUCAUCACCAUACCCAUACAUAGACCUUGCCUACAUCUAUACAUUGAGAAGUUUAAACGUUUCUAUAUCCCAGAUUUCUCAAUACGCUCCUUUUGCAAGUUUGGAAAACCAAACAAACUUCCCUGAGUUUAUGAGAGUUGCAAGAAGUGAUAAGUACAACAUACAAGUUAUAUUUAAUCUCUGUGUGAUUUUUAACUGAAAAAAUAUUAUGGUUAUAUACGACGAAACCAGUUAUGAUAACUAUGAGUAUUUCGUGGCAAUGGCUAAACAAUUUAAUGUGGAAAUUGUAAAUAGUCCGAAAUAUAGAUUGAUUGACACUUACUACACAAUGGAUAAGUACCAGGAGUGAAAAUGGUGGUUUGAAGGCAAUGUAAACUUAAAGGCUAGACUUGUGGUGCCUUUAUUGAUUCCUCCUUAUGGCUUCUAUGUAGCUGAAAGUUUUUAUGAUACAGGAAAGAGAAGAGGUGAUAUUAUUGUCCUCUCUAAUGCUCGUAUUGCCUAUUCUUUAGAGUGAUUAAAUGACCCUAUCCAAAAUGAAAAGAUAGUCGAAAUUUUUGAUGGAGCAGUUAUCGCUUCACAAGCUGAGUGAAUUGGAGAAUAUGGAGAAAUGCUAAAAAAAGAGUUCAAUAGGCAUUAUUCUAAUUCAACAGAUUUUCGUUGUUUAGCAUUUGAUUCUGCAAUGCUUCUUUUAAAUGGAAUAAAAUUUACUAUACAACAAGGGCAGAAUACCAAAGAUUUUCAAUCAAUGAAUAGCAACCUAAGGAAACAGAGGUUUACAGGAUGUUCUGGAACAGUGUCAAUUGAACAAGGAAGUAACCAAAGGCUCUUGCCUACAAUUGGAAUUUACAACAUAAGACUGGAUACUACGACUCAAAAAUUAUAUGAAGUACUUGUAGGACUUUAUGAUCCUGGCAGUACUACUUUGAUUUCUUUAUUUAGUGAGAUCCUCUGAUUUGACUCUACUACUGUAGUGCCAACUGACUUUAUAAUAUAUGAAAAUGGAUGUCCUUUUCCAAAAAAAGCAAUUUCUCAUUCAGAAAAAGGUUCUGGGGUGUUCUAUGGAAUUUCAGCUGCUUUUGUCGUCUUCUCAGCUGUGUAUUGUUUUUGAAUCUGGAACAAAUGGUGGAAAAAUAUAAAAAUUGAAAAAUUAAUAAAUUCUGCGGCUGCUCAGUUUGAAGAUUAUAUUCUCAUGGCAAUCGUGGCAAUUGACUUUUUUCAAUUCAUUAGUCAAGGUCCGGAUAUUGGCUGGCUAUUUUUUUGGCUGUCUAGAAUAUGCUCUUAUUCAAUGGCAAAUUUUGAUUAUUCUGUUGGCAAAAGUAAUUAUUGGAUUUAUUUGUAUACAGCCAUGAUAAUUUCUUGCUAUUGGGUUUUUUCAGCUUGCAUAUUGAUUUUUAAGUUAAAUAAGCUUAAUGGUUGACUAUUGAAGUAUGUUAGAAUUUUUGCUACUCUUUUAUUGCUCAUAAUUGGAAAUAUCAUAUUUGUGCCUAUGGUCUCAGUUCUUUUAAGUAUUUUUCAAUGCGAUGAAGGAACCAGCAAUCAAAUAUCUGAUUCUUUUAUAAGACAUGAUUGCACUACUUAUUGCUGAAAUCACAAAUAUAUUUUAUGAGCAUUUUUUUCAUUAAUUUCGCUGAUCAUGUAUAUACCUCUGUCUAUCUAUUUUAGAUAUCAUUAUGAGAAUAGUAAUGAUCACAUCAAUAUACGAACAAAACCAACUUUUAUUUUACAAAAAUCAGUUUUACAGAUCAGUAUCAUUGCUAUGAGCCAGACCAUAAAAGUAUAUAGCCAAUCCUUGCAUGGUCUUUGCUGCAGCAUACUUUUACUUAUAUUUAUUUUAUUAUGCUUAAAGAACAGUCCUUAUAAUUAUAGUCGCAUGAAUUUUUGGGCAGUUACUUCAUAUUUUGGAGUUUUAUAUAACUUUAUUCUAUCUUCAAUUUAUUGACUUACAGAAUUUGAGUCCCAAGAAUUAUGACUUAGUCUUCAAAUCUUAGUUUGGGCUACCUUAGGGAUAUCUGGUAUUUUAAUCCAAUGAAAACUGAUUCCAAGCUUACUUUUGACAGCUCAGCCACCAGAUAUCGCGAUUUUUUUUAGAUUUUCAUUGGGUGCUAGAGUCUCAGCUGCAGAUAUUAAUAAACUGAAAAAAGAAAUUGUCCAAAUUAGUGACAUGGGUGAAGAAAAAUUGCCAAAUCUUAAAAGCCAAACCCGCUUUUCGAUUGAAAAGGAUGACCUAAUUUCAGAAUAA